CACCCAAUCCCAAAUCCGCAAUUCCUCAUCGGCCUUCCCGAACCCCAAUCUCUUCCUCUCUCUGGAGCUAGGGUUAGCGCCCCCAUGGCCGGCGCCGGCAUCCACCCGUUCCACCAGCAGUGGCCGCCCGCGGCGGCCGCGCCGCCCCCGCCGGGGGCUCCCGCCUCGGCCUCCGUCCCGCCGCCUCCCCCCGUGCCCGGCGCGCCCGGCACCGCCGCGGCCGACGAGGUCCGCACCAUCUUCAUCACGGGCCUCCCCGUCGACGUCAAGGAGCGGGAGCUCCACAACCUGCUGCGCUGGCUCCCGGGGUUCGAGGCCUCCCAGAUCAACUUCAAGGGCGACCAGCCCAUGGGCUUCGCGCUCUUCGCCACCGCGCACCAGGCCGUCGCCGCCAAGGCCGCGCUGCAGGAUCUGGUGUUUGAUGCGGAGACCAAGUCGGCGCUGCACACCGAGAUGGCCAAGAAGAACCUCUUCGUCAAGAGAGGUGUGGGAACUGAUGCAAAUGCUGUGGACCAAAGUAAACGCCUGCGGACAGGUGGAGACUAUACUCAUUCACCUUAUGUUCCACCUGCGUUUCAUCCACCCCCACCAGCUGUUUCCAUGUGGGGAACUGCAGGUUAUAUCACUGCUCCACCUCCUUACAACCCCUAUGCCUAUCCAGUGCCUCCGGUAGCUAUGACUUCACCUUCGCCUGUACCAGGUCCAACUGCCUAUGCUCCUGUGCAGAACACAAAAGAUAAUCCUCCCUGCAAUACCCUUUUCAUUGGUAAUCUCGGUGAAACUGUAGUUGAAGAAGAAUUGCGGAGUCUCUUCAGUGUGCAACCUGGUUACAAACAAAUGAAAGUUUUACGCCAAGACAGAAACACUGUUUGUUUUAUUGAAUUUGAGGAUGUGAAUGCUGCUACAGCUGUACACCACACGUUGCAGGGUGCAGUUAUUCCUAGUUCUGGUCGUGGUGGAAUGCGAAUACAGUUUUCAAAGAAUCCCUUUGGGCGAAGGAAAGAUUCAGCUGGUGGCGUUGCAGGCAUUUUAAAUGGAGCUUCAGCAAAUUGAGAGCUGCCUGAGGGGAUGUAUCUUGAACUUUAGCAUGCCAUCAUGGAUAUCAUGCCACUCCAUCCUAUCUAUCAUCUGCAUGCUUCUGCUAAAUGCUGUGUUUUUUUUCUCAUGCGUGACAUUGGCAUCUUCAUUUGGUGAAGUUUCUGGGACAUGAUCAUCAUCUUCAUUAGGUGGAGUGUCUGGGACAUGAUCAUCAUCUGGUAGACAUUGCAUUGUCACCAAUACCAUUGUUGCUGGUGCUGUUUUCUUUAUAUUUGUAGUUUUGAGUAGUCCGUUCUCGAUUUCUUCUAGGUGUGCAUUUGGCAUUUGUCAUUUGUCAUGGAUAUUAUGCAGUUCCCUGUAUGCAGUUACAACAUUUCUUGUGUUCAUGUUAUUGUGGCUUUGCAAUAUGGACAUUUUGUAAUAGUUAAAGUGAUUUAUCUGGCAUACUAAACUGGGGAAGCUGGGAUGAUUCAUACCAUCAUGUCAUGGCAUGUUCAUGAGGGAGGAGAGUUGAUAGACAUGGCAUGGCAUACUCAUUCCAUGAAUUCUGGAGCAUCGCCUUACUAUCGAAGCAUGCAAGCAUCCAUUGCUAAUUAACUAAUUUAAUUUGUUUAGCAUUGUUUUCCCUCCAGGCUAAGAGAGGCUAACAGUGACUGUUAAAUUGAAAACCUGUGCCAGCCUUCUUUUCCCUCUUACCAGCAGAUGGUGAAAGGCAUGUGGCAGUUCUUCUGGUAAGAGAAGCUUAGUGACGCUGGUGACUUGCCAGGGGUUCUGCUGAAUUGGUUUCAAGAUAGACUUGUGCAUGAGCCAACUGAUGGAGUUUAUUGCCGUGACCAGUACCUGCUGCUGUUCCAUCUAAUGGAGAUCCACUGUACCUGGUGACCUUUUCAUUUUCUUAACAAACUGUUAAUGUGGAUGUUCGAUUGAGAACUUGUUAGAUAUGCGUGCAGCUGCUUGCUUGUUUGGUCUGUUAGUAAGAACUGAAGUGGACUACGAGAAAGCUUGACAAAAAUGACAAGGGGGUCGGGGGCGCCUGGCUGUUUUACAUGUCAGAAUGUGUAGCAUUUCUCUGGAAAAAGGAGAGGAGAGGCGUUGGUGUGCAUCUACAGUUUGUACUGUGUAGUACAACGUAUCAAAGUAGUACUUGCGUGAACA